AUCUCACAGCUCGUCCUCGUUCGGCCUCAGCUGCAUCAGAGAGACACUUCUCCUCAGGUUCCCCAGAGGAAACACCACUGCACAAAAUGCUUUUCCUCCCAGCUGCUGCUCUGUGCUGUCUGUGUUCAGCGCUGGUUGCCAUGGCAGCAGAGCUGAAUCAGUACCAGUUAUCACUGACCAGGAGAGUUGGUCAACCAGUCUCCUUCAGCUGUGGAAUAACUGACCAGUGUGGUAGUGAUAAUAUAUACUGGUACCAGAAGAAAGACACAGGAACAUUCAGAGUGAUUCUGCGUUCUUCUAAAAGCAGCUGCAGGAUAGCUGAACAUUACGGUCAUCCUCAGGAAGAUGAUUUCAAAGUAAAAAGAACACAGAACGUCUGUAAGUUGAAUAUAGACACAGUUAAACUCGAUCAUUCAGCCACCUACUACUGCUCCUGUUAUAAGUCUGGUUCCCACAACAUCUUUGGCUCAGGAACUAAACUGUAUGUAACAGGUGAGCAGGUAGUGAAGCCCGUGGUGAGUGUGUACCCAGCAGCCCCGAGCCACGUGGAGGGGAACAGCUCCCUGCUGUGUCUGGCCUCAGGUAUGUUUCCUCCUCUGGUCCAGUUCUCCUGGGAAAGACAGAGGGAGGACGGUCCUAAGGAGAAGCUGUCUUCUGCCUGGGGAGAGCAGCUGGAGCUCAGAGAGUCGGGACACUCCGCCGCCAUCUUACUGAUCCAUCAGCCAGAGAACAGCACGUAUAAAUACUACUGCUCCGUCAGGCACGAGGGGGGAACAGAGAAGGCCCAGACACAAGAGGUUCCAGCUCCAGCAGCCUCCUGUCCUCCAGAGAGAGAGCCAGCACACCUGGCAGCUCUGCAGCAAGCUGACAUGUCAGUGCUUCCCCUGGAUCCUCUCCAGCCUCAGUGCAGGGUGAAGCUGCUCUGUCUGCUGUACACAGUGCUGAUAGUGAAGAGUCUGCUGUACUGCUGUGGACUCUCUCUGCUGAUGGGCCUCACAAACAAGGGACCGUCCACCAACGGCCCACAUGCUGACUGACUGUUUUCUGCUCCUCUUUUCUCACCGUGGCUUCAUCUCAUUCAUCUCAUUGAUCACUGAUCAGAAAUCUGAGUAAAAUGUUUCUCUUUAUGUUCAGGUCAGAUACAGUCAGUCCAAAAAUAAUCAAUAUAUAUAUCACACUCAUAUUUGCAGUUUCUACUUUUAGAUUCUUUACUAUAGUGUAAUUUUUAUGGUUUAUAUCUGCUCUAAAUUGUGAUUUUCAUGUCAGUGGGAUAUUAAUCUGAAUUAUUAGUUGUCUAG